AUGAUGGUAGCAGCACUAUCCAUCGCCAGUGGCAAUGCUCUGCUUUUAAAAGGAGGGAAGGAAGCAUAUCAUAGCAACCAGAUCCUCCACUCCCUGGUACAGGAAGCACUGGAACCAUUCGUUCCCAGGGAAACCAUUUCACUGGUCAGCACACGUGAGCAGAUUGAGUCUCUGCUGGAACUGAAGCAGUACAUCGACCUGAUUAUUCCCCGCGGCUCUAACGAACUGGUCAGUAUGAUACAGAAGCUCAGCCAGGGGAUUCCUGUCCUGGGACACAGCGAGGGCAUAUGUCAUGUUUAUACUGACCAGGAGGUGGACGAGCAGAUGGCACUCAACAUUGUGCGGGACUCUAAGACAGACUACCCUGCCGCUUGUAAUGCCGUAGAAACCAUUCUGGUCAACAAGGCACAUCUCAGAACACUGUUUUUCGAGGAUUUGUUUGAUAUGCUGAGAUCUGAGGGGGUCAAGAUUUACUCUGGUCCCCGUUUAUCAUCUGCCCUGAAAUUCGGCCCCCCACCGGCCCCCUCCCUUCACACGGAGUACGGAGACUUGUCUGUCACCAUAAAGUUAGUGGAUGACGUCCGUGACGCCGUCCGUCACAUCAACAAGUACAGCAGUAGUCACACCGACACCAUAGUGACCAGUCAUAAAAACACAGCAGCAGUUUUUCUCAAGGGAGUGGACAGUGCUUGUGUGUUUCACAACACUAGUACAAGGUUUGCUGAUGGCUACAGAUUCGGUCUAGGGCCUGAGGUUGGUAUAAGCACCAGCAGAAUUCAUGCCCGUGGUCCCGUAGGAGUGGAGGGACUUCUCACCACGAAAUGGCUCCUCCAUGGCGAGGGGCAUAUAGUGGAGGAUUUCUCGAAAGGAAAAUUGGAAUACCGACACGUGUCUCUCCCACUGACCCAGGAACAAGCAUCGGAGGAGGAAGAACAUGUAGAACGGGAGGAAUAGAGCUCUGGUUAUUGGACUG